AUGGGCUUGGAUGUCCGCGCUAUCGAACACGCCCUGCUCACAGGGAAAUGGGAUGACCGUCUCUCGGCCUCCGAGGACGCGCCCGUCGUAAAAUUCGCGCACAACGUGGAUGAACUCCUCCGCUUGGUCUGCGCCGUCGCGUGCCUGCACGCAUUUCUCCAGGUCAACUGGACGGGCCCCGAUCUCGACAUCAAGCCGCUAGACAUCCUCGCCCUCAACCCCGAACUUUCUCAGGUGGUCAACGAGGAUCUGCUCCAUCAAAAGACUGUUGCGGAGCUCGCUUACGGCGGCGAGCCAGCGUACCAUCUCGCCAAAGCACCGCUCUUCCUGCUGCUUGCGAAGCUUCUCUUGGACACAUCCUUCCAGCACAUAGAAUCUGCACCGUGGUGGAGGCUGCGAACAUGGCGCGUUCAUCAGCAGGUGCUGGACGAGCCCGUUGCCAUCCCCUCGGACGUAAUGGAGUCCGUCGUGCCCCUGUUAGACUCGUUCGCCACCGAGCCUGACAUCGCCGGCCGCCUAUUGCUGGAGCAAGGCUUACUCGAACACUACGUAGGCCAUGACAAAUCGGCAGCAGACUAUUUUGUGCGGGCCGCGCGGGCGACGCAACUCGAGUACGAGCUUACCGGUGCACUGGGCAAGCGCACGAAAUUCCAGCAGACGGAGCUCACGCAGCUCAUCCUCCUCGCCGAGUCGCGAAAACGGGGUGACGGCGACGGCGACGGCGCUGAUGCCAAUUUGGAGACGGGCGGGGCGACACACGAAGGGGGUGACUCCACUACGGGCACCGCUGGGCCCUCCCCUCCCGAUGCGGCAAUUCCUGCGAUCCCUGAAACACUCGCACUUAACGACGACACCCUAUUAGAGCAGACGGCGUUCACGUCCUCAUCAACCGCAGGGACGCCCGGCUCCCGCCUCAGCCACAUCGACCCUGCCUCGCAGCCUGCGCUGCACCCGCUCGACCAGUCCAUCCUCCUCGCCCUCUGCCUCAAUGUCAAAAACCUCUCGCCCGCGCACGGUCUCACGACCGAGCAAAUGGCGCCGUACGUCGCACGCGUGCUCUCCCAUCCGCGCAACUGGUCGGUGCACACGAUGGCCCUUCUCCUGCGCUCGCGCCUGGAGGCGCAUCGCACGCGCACGGUCGAGCGCGCCACGCUGCAGCUCCAGGCACUCGUCGACCAGAUGCCGACCGCGGACUCGCCGCUCGCCGAACGCCUCCUGCUCAUCCACGCGAUCGUGCUGCCGAGCCGGUGGGAGAUGGAGCGCGAGCUCGCGCUGCGCUUCCUCUCGAUCGGCGUCGUCAAGUCCGCGCUCGAGAUUUUCGAGCGGCUCGAGAUGUGGGAGGAGGUCGUGCGCUGCUGGCAGUCGAUGGAGCGCACGGACAAGGCCGUGUCCAUCGUCCGCGACCUGCUCGAGGGCCGCAAGGCGGAGGCGGACACGGUCAUCGCCCGCGGCAAGGCCGCCUUCUCCGCCACGCGCAUGCAGGUCCGCGACGCCACGCGGGAGGCGAAGCUCUGGUGUCUGUUGGGAGACCUCGAGCCCGAGCGUGGGCUCGAGCAUUACACUCGUGCCUGGGAAGUAUCGAAGGCGUCCUCGGGACGGGCUAUGCGUUCCCUCGGCGGGUACUACUUCGCGCGGGGGAACUACCCAGACGCGGUCACCUGCCUCCGCCGCGCUGUCGCCAUCAACCCCCUCCUCAGCCGGUCGUGGUUCGUGCUUGGGUGCGCGCUGGUGCGGCAGGAGGAUUGGGAGGGCGCCCGGGACGCGUUCGUCCGCUGUGUGACCAUCGACGACGAGGACGGCGAGAGCUGGAACAAUCUGGCGAGCAUGUACCUGCGAAUGGGCGAGGCUGGGAAGACCGCAGCAGAAAACGCCGCCCGGGAAGGCCGCCCGGAAGAUGCGGAGAAGCGGAUCCCGUUCUCGAACAAGCUUCUCGCCUUCCGCGCGCUGAAGCAGGGCCUCAAGUACGCCUACGACAACUGGCGCAUGUGGACGAACUACAUGAUCGUCGCCGUCGACGUCGGCGAGUUCUCCGAGGCGUGCCGUGCGCUCACGCGCGUGGUCGAGCACCGGGCCGCCAAGGACGGCGCCGCGUGCGUGGACGAGGAUGUGCUCGACAAGCUCGUCGACGCCGUCACGCGCGGCACGGGCGAGGCUGGCUCGCACGGGGGUGAGGGCAUCGAUGAGCUUACGGCGGGCACAUCCAAGGUGAACACGAGCACCGGCCUCGGCCGGAGGGUGACCGACCUUUUCGAGGGCACGAUCCUGCCGCGCGUGUCCUCGCCCAGGAUUUUCCGGGCGCGGGCACGGCUGCUCACCGCGGAAGGGCGGUACGAGGACGCGCUGAACGCCUACCUGGACGGGUACCGCGCGGGACCGGCAGGGACGAUGGAGAGGGGCGAGACAGAUGUGGAGAAGUGGCGGGAAGCCGUGGGCGAGGUCGAGGAGAUUGUGGACGUGCUGCGCAACUUCGGGCCGCGGGUGGACGGCUUCAAGUGGAAGCUACAGGCCCGCAGCAUCGUGCGGACCUUUAUGGGGCGCACGAAGGACUUCGGGGAUGAGCCGGAGUGGGCGCGGCUGACGACGCUGCAGGAGGAGAUUAGGAAGGAAGAUUAGGACCGGCACGGAAGCUUUGCGGUCUUCGAGGACACCGUGGUGGUAGAGUUUGUGAUGGUGGGGGAGAGGUCCCGAGGCUCAUGUCCAAAAAUCAUCACUCGCGGACGAGACUUGCCAAUUUCGUCGGCUGAAUUGAGUAAUAGUGCAGGGGUAGCAAGUCGUGUCGGAAACGGUCCGUCAUCUCCCAGAAAUGAAUACGGACCAAUCAUGUACGUUAUAAGCGUGGACAUAGUGUGGCUCCCAGACGAAACUACCGGUUACUGCCAAUUCGAUACGUGCGCAAUACGGUUGAGUGUCAGCGUCGUUACGAUUUCCGUGAUGAUUGGUAGCGCAGCAUGCUUGAUGGUUAGCUUGGCGGCGAAUGGGUCCGCUAGCUGGCUCGUCUCCCACAGGGCAAUUACGUUACCCUUCCCGUCCACGCACUCGAGCCGCUGGGGUGCGAUCCGCCACUUGUACUCUCUGCCGUUCUGGGCCCAGAAAUAUCGCGAUGUGCUCGUCUCCUUCUUUCGGUUGCGUGCCUGGGCCAUUGUGUGGUAGGUGCUGUUGCCGUAGAUGAGGUGGCCGGGUGUGCGACCGGGUCCGAAGUAGAGAAAGGCAUUGCUGGGACCCAUAAUGUCUGGGUGCUGCUGCGCCCACGGUGCUUCACGCGCGACCUUCAUGAUGAGGUUUGGGUUCUCGUCGACCAUCGUUACGGUGAAGGCCGACCGCUUGUCGGCGUCCUCGAAGCGGGCAUUCCAGGGGUCAGCGCUGAACUGGAGGAGGAUGUAGGUAGCGGCCAUGGGAUGCGGGGGAGGAGGGCGAUAAGCGGGCGAUGGCUGGGUGUCCGUUGGCCAUGGACGAUCUGGAGGCCGCCCACAGGGAACGGCCCGCCCACGUGCUGCCCACGAGGUCCGCCACGCGGCAGAAGCUGCAUCGAUCGGAACCCGCGCCGUCCAUCGAACCCUUCUUGAAACACCCAACAACAAGCCCUCCCUAUUUCCCGGCUGACCAUCACAGCGCCCUGCCCGGCCUCCCACCGCACGCGCAUACACCCACCCUUGCGUCCAGCGCAGCCUCGCUGGGACCAUCAGACACCCGCGAACCAUCCGCCGCACGAACCUCGCACAACGAUCACGAACUUGCUCGCGCACCUCGAUUUCGUGUUCCCGCAUCCAUGGCGACUAUCCCCAACUAGCCCGUCGGCCUCCCUCGUGUCGAUCGGCGCGAGCCAUGCGCUGCGGCCACCACGGAAGCUUCCUGUGUGCCGCUCAGCACUCCGUCGGCGCACAUGGGCGGGCAGAAAGCGCGUGCUCACAGUGUAAAUACCCCGCGUCGCGAGGCAGGACAGACUCCGGUCGAAGAAGGGCCUCCGCGCCCAUCCAGCGAUGCUGCAUCACAUGCUGCUGCGAACAUACCGUGCACGAUACCUGUGUUUCACCGCCUCCAACAGAUCGGUCGCCGUGAGGGAAAGAAGGGGACGUACCAUAGAACAGGGUCCACACCAGCACGAACGAGGAUAUGUUUUCCGUCCCCGGGUUGACGAGCUCCCACCAUCCUCCAGGUAAAGAGCGUGGAGAGUAUGAAGAGCGCGAAGCCGAGGGUGUUCUCUAGACCCAGCACGCCUGCAACAGCACCAGCGAAGCAGGAGGACAGGAACUUGAUCGUGUAGAGCCGAGAGGCGUUGUACUGCACGUUGGGCGGGAAGAGAAGCUGAGCCGCGGCCUCUGCGCUGGGUGCCGCUGCGGCCAUGGUGGUCGUCGAGAGUAGAGAGGCAGUUGUUGACGUCCAACGAGCAGUCGCGACGCGCGCGUGGGGGCACUCGCGCGUUACGCUCUCUAGAUUAGAUUGUCACGGUCACCCGAUGGACUGCAGAUCGCGUGCCGGGUGCGAUCCUCUGCGCUCCGGCCUUGCUUAGACUCUCGAGUCCUCCAGAGUCAUCUCGUCUCCCCUCUGGUCUCUUACAUGUCGACCUCACUGGACAACCUGGGCUCCCUCUCAACCUCAACAUCCACCAUGACAUCCGGGAAACAGUACAAGGUUGGCGUCCUCGGCGCGACCGGUACUGUCGGCCAACGCUUCAUCGCUCUCCUCGCUGAGCACCCGUUCUUCGUAAUCCAUGCUCUCGGAGCAUCACAACGAUCCGCGGGCAAGCCAUACAGGGAAGCAACCAACUGGAAGCAGACGCAGUACAUUCCCAGCACGGUCCGCGAAAUGAUCGUCCAGGAGUGCAAACCGGAACAUUUCCUGGAGUGCGCGGUGGUUUUCUCCGGCCUUGACGCCGAUGUGGCGGGCGAUAUUGAACAAAGCUUCAGGCUCGCAGAGCUUGCCGUCUUCUCCAACGCGAAGAACUACAGGCGAGAUCCCUACGUGCCCCUCGUCGUACCCCUCGUGAACACGUCCCAUUACUCCAUCAUCCCUCAACAACGUGCCUUGCACAACCCCCCGCUGAAGAAGGGCUUCAUUGUCACGAACGCCAACUGCUCCACCACGGCCGUCGUCGUGCCGCUCGCCGCGCUCGAGCGCGCCUUCGGUCCGAUCGAGUCCUGCAUGAUCACCACCAUGCAGGCCAUUUCCGGCGCGGGCUACCCCGGCGUCCCCUCGCUCGACAUCAUGGACAACGUCGUCCCGUACAUCUCCGGCGAGGAAGAGAAGAUUGAAUGGGAGACGCUCAAGAUCCUCGGCGGAGUCAGCCAGGGCGACGACGGCCUCAAGGCGUUCGACAUGCACUCGAAGCAGCCCCUCCGCGUCUCCGCCUCGUGCAACCGCGUCCCGGUCAUCGAGGGUCACACGGAAUGCGUGUCCAUCCGCUUCGCCCGGCGGCCUCCGCCGAGCCCCCAGCAGGUGCGCGAGGCGCUACAGGGGUACACUUCCGAGGCGUACGCCAUCGGAUGCCCGUCCGCCCCGCGCCAUACUGUCUUCGUGCACGAGGAGCCGGACAGGCCGCAGCCACGGCUGGACAGGGACUACCAGGCAGGCGCGGGUGUGUCCGUCGGGCGGGUGCGCCAGUGCCGGGUGCUGGACAUCAAAUUCGUCGUCCUCGCGAACAACGUCGCCAUCGGCGCGGCGACGAGCAGCAUCAUCAACGCGGAGUACGCCGUACUAAAAGGAAUCGUCGGCGGACAGGCAUAGCUCAGCAGCGAGCCACCGCAGGAAGGCGCGCACGCUCGGGGGCGCGGGUGGCGAAAAUGGCUUACAUGUACAAGUUAAUGGGCAUGGGCGGCAGAGAAGAAACAACAUGACUAUAAGUAGCUGUAGAUCACACAUAUCAUACACACGCGCCCGCGGAAAGGGGCGCACUCUCUUUUUCUGCGUGUUUCCUUUUCCG